CCAGCGCCCCGCGCCAGUCCCAGGCGGAGGGGACGGGCCGGGACCCCAGAGCUGGGACCAGAGGAGGGAGCCCAGCAGAGACUGGGAGACCCGGAGACCAAGAGAGGCAGAGGGAGGGAGGCAGAGGCAGGUCAAGAGACGCCAAGACCCGCGAGCAGGCGACACGGGCAGCGCGAGGAAGGAGGCAGAGCCCGAGGCGCGCAGCCUGCGGGGGAGCGCGGGGACCUAGGUGGUGACCCCCAGCAGGAGCGCGGCGGCGGACCGGGGAGUGGGGGGCGCGCCGAGCCCGGCGCGGUAGGCGAGCCCGGCGGCCGAGCCCUCCUGGCGCUCGCUCGCCCUCCCCUCGCCGGGCGCGGUAUUUUUAUCUGUGCGGGAGCAGCCUCCUCCUUGUCCUCGUCCUCCUCUUUUUCCUCCUCCUCCUCCUCCUCCUCCUCCUCCUCCUCCUCCUCCUCCUCCUCCUCCUCCUCCUCCUUUUCCUCGCCGCACGCGCUCGCUGGCAGCUCCGCGGCCCGAGCAGCACAGGGGAGCCGAGCAGGGACCGCAGCCCGAGAUCCUGAGGCGCCCGCCAUGGACCCCAAGGACCGCAAGAAGAUCCAGUUCUCGGUGCCCGCACCCCCCAGCCAACUCGACCCCCGCCAGGUGGAGAUGAUCCGGCGCAGGAGACCAACCCCUGCCAUGCUGUUCCGGCUCUCAGAGCACUCCUCGCCAGAGGAGGAGGCCUCCCCCCACCAGAGAGCCUCAGGAGAGGGACACCACCUCAAGUCGAAGAGAUCCAACCCUUGUGCCUACACACCCCCCUCGCUGAAAGCUGUGCAGCGCAUUGCUGAGUCCCACCUGCAGACCAUCAGCAAUCUGAGUGAGAACCAGGCCUCAGAGGAGGAGGAUGAGCUGGGAGAACUGCGGGAGCUGGGUUACCCAAGGGAGGAGGAUGAGGAUGAGGAGGAGGAUGAAGAGGAGGAAGAAGAAGAAGACAGCCAGGCAGAAGUCCUCAAGAGCAGCAGGGGGUCUGGUACACAGCAACACCACCACAGCGGCCUCCCAUCCUCCCACCCCGUAGGAUUCCUCACACUCAACCUCACCGAAGACAUUGGCUUCCUCCAGGCUUGGCUUUUCCCUCUCUCAAUCAGCUUUUCCUUAAUAAUUCCUCUGUUCCCUAAGAAUUAAGGCAACACCACAUGAGGGUUUGAGGUUAGAACUAAAAAAGGACUUUCCACACAUAGCAAUGAGAGGGUGUGAGGAGAUUCAGGGAUAGCAGACUGAGAGAGCCUGAGAGUGCCUGCAUUUCUGAAUCUGGGAUGUGGUCUCUGCUCGGAUGCAGGGGACCGGCUGAUUUGCCCUCUCCAGGACCAAGUCAGUGACUGUUCCUCCCUUUUUUUUCCUAGGAUGGGGUGGGAGGGUGCCCUCUAGUGUCCAGAUGGAGAAUCUAGGAUUUAAGAACCAAUCUGGUCCUCUGCACCUCUAAGCUCAGCUGCCUGGGGGAAAAAAGACUUAAAACCUCCAUAGGAGGAGUCUCAAGCCAGAGGCCUUGGGUCCAAAAAUCUCCACAGAAGGUGCCAAAUCCCAGAGAAUUCUGGGCAGAAAGAUCUAGUCCCUCCCAUGGUUAUGUCUCCCAGGCCUGGCCAUGCCAGGUUCCUCCUAGCUCACACUAAACUUUGUGGUACCAUUAUUGAUGGGAAUGACAAACAGUGAACCAGCCCUGCUUGAAGCCUUCAACCCUUACACCCAAACAAGAUAGGCUACCUGUCUGCAUUUCUGGCAGAGAGGGCACCAGAGGGCUGGAAUUAUGAACUCAGUUCCAACUGAGACCCCAAGAGCAGGUAAAAGGAGGUGAGGGGGACCAGUUUCCCAGGACAAGUAGGAGGGCAUCGGGUCACAUAACAAGACUACCAAGGAACAACAUUCACCCCCAGAACUCCUCUGUGCUGGCACUGGGCUCUGCAGGCAUUAUCUCAUUGUCUUAUUUGAGGUAAUCUACAUAAUGUCCCUCAUACACAACAUCUCCUUCAGAAAGGUACCAACUGACUAAUUCAUAUGUUGAGUCACUGGAAGAGUUGUCCUAGUCCAGUGCUCUCUCCACUAUGCCAUGAUGACUCAGAAACCUUGGCCUCAGUCAUUAGAGUAGCUCCUCUCCACGACAGUCAGACAGACACUCAAAGCCUGCACUGGUAGGUUUGUGGUGAGGGAAUGCAACCCAGGGUCUCACAUAUGCUAGGCAUGCACUCUACUAAGGAGUUACACCCCCAGCUCAUCAAAGCUUGUGUUUUGAUUCCCUGUCUUCCA